AUGGUGAACGAGAGAAUAAUGUAUUACCCGAAUUCGCGACGGGUUGUCAAAGUGCCCGUGAUCUCGACACGUCCCGGAUCGGGUUCCAGAGCUCGCGAGAUCGCCGAGCAGAUUGAGAAAAGGGAAUCGAAUGAUCGGCGUGUGGAUUAUUGGCGUCAUGUGGCCGAUGGCUUCUCUAGGUCUUCCCUGGUCGCCUCUCAGUACGAGUCCCUGGGCUCGGAACGUUCUUUUUCUGCAUCAAUGGCGAAGGUGGAAAACAAGUCUCGAGAGCGAUCACAUGCGGAAUUCCUGUCCACGGCUCGUCAGAGACUCAGGAGACUGUUUGAAGACGAGGCCGAGGGACUGAGAUUCGAGUUGGAGUCGCUGGAACCCCGAAUGCGUCGUCGUCCGAUGUCUGCUUACCCUUUGACCAAUGCUGGAAUGGAAGAACUUCGGCGACAAGCGGAAGCCAUUGUUGCGACUCGGGAACGCGAACGAGAAAAGGUUUCCGAAGAGAAACUGUAUCAACUGCGGAAGCAGAAUUGUCGCGAGCUCCGAGAAGCCAAGUCGAGGUUUUUCCAACAAGAGGCUCAGCAGUCGUGGGAUGAGCAGAUGGACGAGAAGAAAGCCAUGGAGGAAGAACAGGCUGCUGUGAAUGAAGAGUACGAGAGGCAGAAGGAAGCGGACAGGAUCAGGCAUCAAGAAGAGGAGAUGAGAGAGAAGAAAAUGCGUGAAUCUAAGCAGAUUGCCUUGAGGGACGUGUUGAAGCAACAGGUGGAUUCUGCGAGGGAAAAAGAAGAGCGAAGACGGGCUCUUUUGGUUGAAGAACGUGAAUUAAUUGCCCUGCAGAGAUUUUACGUUGAGCAGCAAGAACGUCGCAAGCAAACUGAUGCAGCGAGGAAAAAAGAAGCUUUGAGGUCGGCGUUGCAUCAACAAGUGCAAGCGAAACUUCGCAGGAAAGCUGCAGAAAUGCGCCAGAGAAUUGAAGAAGAUCAAAAGUUUCUCGACACGAUCAUGGCACAAGCUGCGCAUGAACGCGAGGCUCGAGCUGCUAAAAGAAGACAGGUGAGUGAGGAAAUGUCCCAGUUGCAUUCCUACCUGGCGGAACAACUGGAUCGUGAGCGUGCCCGCGAAAAGGAGACCGAGAAUUUGUUCGACGAAGAAGCUCGUCGAAUGUGGGAGAAGCGCGAACAAGAAUGGAGGAAAGAGGACGAAGCCAGGCAGCAGUUGAUGUAUCAUGCCAUUGCAGCUUGGGGAGAACAAAUCGAGGACAAACUGAAGAGGAAUCGACAAGAUCAGGAGGAAAAUGAAAAGGAGUCUCGUAAAAUUGAGGAAGCCGUAGAGAAGGAACGUGAGGAUCACAUGGCGAUGUUACGUAAGAAACGCGAGCAGGCUUCCCUAACUGCCCACAAUUACGAUUCGCAAAUCGCUGAGAAGAACAAGAAAAUUGCGGAGGAAAAGAGAAUGUUGGAUUUGGAAGCUAGCAAAGAAAACCGGAAUCGUCAACACGAUGCUGCCUUUGUUGCGGAUGAGUUGAACAAAAUGCGACUGGACAAUUUACGAAUGAUGUCAGCGCGGAAGAAUCAGGCUCGAACUCUGAGAGACGUGGCAGCAAAAUUCCCUGUGAGAAUCGAUAUUCUGGAGAAGCAUCCGUUUCCGUUCGGCCUGGUGCGAUUUGGAGUUGCACCCGAUCACCCGGAAGUGAAAAAUGUCAUCAACACUUUCACGAAUACCCUGAAUAAACCCGAGGUUAAAUUCGUGGGAAAUGUUGAAGUGGGGGUUGACCUGAGCUUUCAGGACUUGAAGAAAUCCUAUGACGCUGUUGUUCUGUCUCACGGAUGCAAGCACGAAAGAAAGUUGGGCAUUCCUGGAGAAGAUUUGCGGAAUGUUGUUCCUGCGAAGGAGUUCGUGGGAUGGUACAAUGGGGAACCUGGGAAAGCUGAUCUUGAAGUUGAUCUUCAGGGAACAGAUACAGCAGUUGUUGUUGGGGUUGGGAAUGUUGCGUUGGACGUUGCUCGGAUCCUCUUGACCCCUGUUGACAUUCUCUCUCAGAAAAGUGAUAUCACGGAAUAUUCUUUGGAAGCUUUGGCGAAGAGUCGAAUACGAAGGGUGCACAUUGUUGGACGAAGGGGUCCUUUGCAAGCCGCCUUCACCAUCAAGGAGAUCAGGGAGUUGAUUAAGCUCAAGUCCACCAGACCCGUGAUCAGAACCCGAGAUGUUGAGCAUUUGGUGCCUUUGGUGGAGGGUUUGAGUCGGCCGAAAAAGCGGCUCAUGCAACUUUUGAUCGACACUGCGAAACAAGAUACGAGUUCUCGUGACACUGAAUGGAUUUUGAGGUUUUUCUUGAGUCCGGAGAAAUUCAAUGGCCGAGAAAACCUGCAGUCUGUGACUUGUGCCGUGAAUCGUUUGAAAGACGCCAAUCGGGACUCUGUGGAUGAAGGCGUGAUUUCGACUGGAGAAACUGAAACUAUCGACGCUGGACUCGCCCUUGUCAGCAUUGGAUACCAUGCUGAGCCCAUUGACCCGUCAUUACCCUUCGAUGCGAAGAAGGGGAUCUACCUCAAUGAUUCGGGGAGAAUCGAAGCCACGCCGGGAGUUUAUUGCUGCGGAUGGACGCAGUCAGGAGCUGUUGGAGUGAUUUUGUCUACACUGAACAAUGCUUUUAAAAUUGCUGACGUUGUUGCUUCGGACCUGGAGAAAAUGACACCUAAGCAGACGAACUUCGAUCUUCGCGACAUCAUUAGUGAUCCAAGGAAACAAAUUGUGUCGAAGGAAGAUUGGGCGAAGCUGGAUGCAAUUGAAGUGAAGCGCGGGUCAGUCCGGGGGAGCCCCCGGGAGAAAAUAGUCGACAUCAAGGAAGCUUUGUCAUUAAUCUAGUUAUUUUGUGUUCAAAUCAAAAGUACAGUAAUGUACUGUAUGCUGAAACAGGAACCUGCAGUUUUUCCCUGUGCUCUAUUAUUCUUUUCUUUUUCACUGGAACGUCCCACGUUGUUUUCCGUAACACUCAACAGAUGUCGCCAAAAAAUCUCAGGAG